AAAUUAAAAAAUCCUUUAAAAAAUUUUUUUUAAACGAAUGAAUCUAUUCAUCUCGUUUUUUUAUAAGCCCAAAAAACUCUGAUUGGGCCACUAAACCCAAAUUGAAGAAUAGGUGAAGCGACCCAAUAAGGUCCAGCCCAUUGGCCCAAAAACUGUUACCAACAAAAAGGGGUGGCAAUGGAGCCGUUAUGGAAGAAGGAGGCAAGUCUCAAUCAAGGCAAGACGGGGAAGCCUUUGUCAUUAUGGUUCUUGGCUGCAGCUCUGAGGAUGGAAAGAGAGGAAGGUGGCUUGGUCGUCGUGGGGCGAGCGGAGAUUGACACCAGAGCGCCAUUCAGGUCAGUCAAGGAGGCAGUCAUGUUGUUUGGGGAGACAGUGCUUGUUGGAGAGAUUUACGCUAACAAACUCAAGGAGAAGAGAGCUGAAGCAAGUGAAAAGGGGCAUGGACAGUCCGAAAUUGCAGCACUAACUGUGGAGCUAGAAGAAACAAAGCAAGGCCUUCAAAAGGCAGGAGAAGAAAACAACUUGAUGUCAAUUUGCAUAAAGACACUUGGAGAAGAGCUUGAACAGACCAAGAAGGAGUUGAAGCGUUUCAAGGCGAGAGAGUUUCAUAAACAAUAUCCUGAUCCUGAAAUUGAAGACCUCAAAUUCAUUGAAGAUGCCACCAGAAGAGAUAGCAAUGUGAAACCUGUUGAAGAAGAAGAUGUAUCAGAGGAAUUUCAGAAGAAAAGGUUUGUGAAAUUUGCAAGUCCUCCUUCAUUGGCUCAGGUUAUUGUUAGCAGAAAGGAAAUGUUGGGGACAUCGCCUCCUGCUAAGAAAGAUAAAAGAAAGUCAUUGGUUCCAAUUAUAGGAUGGUUGUUCUCAAAAGAAAAGGGGAAGCCAAGAAAUUGAGUCACCAAGUGGGUUCUGAGCUUGAAUAUGCAAUAUUGGUCUUUCUAUAUGCAUCCUUCAUAUGUUUUACAUUGUUGUGAUCAAACAAGUGGGAAGUCUUCCAUGCAACUGUUGCAGUAAGUUAGUAAUAUAAUUAAAUCAUGACA